UAAUAUGAAACAAAGAGAAUAUUAUAUAAGAGAAACGGACGGAAGAUCUCACUAUUGCCCAUUACAAACUCAUAAUUCGAACCAAGCUCAGAGAUGCUUAAAGGUACAUGAGAGAGAGAGAGAGAGUACUGUGGGGUAACACUUGCCUAAAUCUUUAAGACCUCAUUUAAUUAUAUGAAAUUACUGUUAGGCAAUUCGAGUUAAAUAAUAAAGGUGAUGACGUUUUAUAUUCAAUGCUUUUCAUGGCUCUAUAAAUAGUACUACCCACCCACAUAGCCUCACCAUAAGCAUUCACACUUUAAAAUCAACAAAAUACAAAAAAAAAAUGGUCUCAAAGAGCUCAACCACCAUUAGCCUCAUCAUCAUCUUCCUCAUCUUCAGCCUCGCUGAGGCUGACCUCUUUCUCUCGCCUUCACCGGGCUUUGGUACGUGUCCUAGAGAUCCAUUGCAACUUGGUGUAUGCGCCAAUGUCCUUGGCCUAGGCAAUGUCAUUGCUGGCGACACCAGAGCACGGCCGUGUUGCAGUGCUAUCACUGGCCUUACGAACGUCCAAGUAGCCGAUUGCCUCUGCUUUGUCUUCAGGCCACUUCCUUUGGUUUACGGUAUCGAUAAAGCCGUUAGAACAAUAUUUUUCGCUUGUAAUAUGGUUUUUCCUAUUGGCUUUCAGUGUCCACCACCACCAGUAUCUAGCCCUUAAUCUCACCUGAUUAGAAACGAGAACCUUAUCCAGUAACUACUUACAACGCAAGUAUGUUUUCUUAUUCAUGUUAUGCAGUGUUGAUGUGUUUUUCGUUGUUAAACAGGGCGUAAUAAUAAGGACUACAAAUGUUGUUAUGUGUACGAAGAAUAAUAUUUGAAUAAAUCUGUUAUGUGGACGAGUCAUAAUAUAUAAUUAAGUGUUACGUUUGUUUUGUUCCCCCA